ACGGGAGACGGAGUGAACGACGCUCCGGCCCUGAAGAAGGCGGAGAUUGGCAUUGCCAUGGGAUCGGGCACAGCGGUGGCCAAGAGUGCGUCUGAGAUGGUCCUCGCCGACGACAACUUCUCCAGCAUCGUGUCGGCAGUGGAGGAGGGCCGCGCCAUCUACAACAACAUGAAGCAGUUCAUCCGCUACCUCAUCUCCUCCAACGUCGGCGAGGUGGUCUGUAUCUUCCUGACAGCUGCCCUGGGUCUCCCUGAGGCCCUGAUUCCUGUCCAGCUGCUGUGGGUGAACCUGGUGACAGACGGACUGCCAGCCACUGCGCUGGGUUUCAACCCGCCAGACCUCGACAUCAUGAACAAGCCCCCACGGAGCCCCAAGGAGCCCCUCAUCAGUGGCUGGCUCUUCUUCCGCUACAUGGCCAUCGGAGGGUAUGUGGGCUGUGCGACAGUGGGUGCUGCUGCCUGGUGGUUCAUGUAUGCAGAGGAUGGGCCGGAGGUGACAUACUACCAACUGUCCCACUUCAUGCAGUGCACGGAGGAGAAUCCUGACUUUGAAGGAAUCGAGUGCGACAUCUUCGAGGCGGCGGAGCCCAUGACCAUGGCGCUGUCUGUCCUGGUCACCAUCGAGAUGAGCAACGCUCUGAACAGCCUGUCGGAGAACCAGUCCCUCCUCAGGAUGCCGCCCUGGCUCAACGGCUGGUUGCUGGGCGCGAUCUGCCUCUCCAUGUCGCUUCACUUCUUCAUCCUAUACGUGGACCCCUUGCCGCUCAUCUUCAAACUGACUCAUCUAACCAUCACCCAGUGGCUGGUGGUUUUGGAGAUCUCGUUCCCGGUCAUCCUUCUCGAUGAAUGUCUGAAGUUUUUCGCCAGGAAUUACCUUGAAGCGAAAUAAUACAAGAGACCCGCUGAAGACUGCACAGUCGAGAAACUUAUGUAUUCAUGUCUAAAUAUAGGUUUUAACAGAAAAAAAAGAUUUGUCAAAGGGGUCUUGAGACGGCGUAGUGUUGUCAGGGAGUGAGUGGUCACUCCGAGACGUGAGAAAACAAGACCGUGAAAAACCGUUCGUCUUAACUGCAUGUUCCUAUUCUGAUUUAGAUCACCCCGGGCUCCCCCCACCCCACCACCAAUCCCUGACCAAUCUCCCCACCCCACCAGAUCCCCCAAUCCCUGACCGAUCCCCCUGACCCACCACCAGAUCCCCCCCCAAUCCCUGACUGAUCCCUCUAAUCCCAACAGAUCCCCCCCCGAAUCCCUGACGGAUCCCUCUCAUCCCACCGGAUCCCCCAAUCCCUGACUGAUCCCUCUCAUCCCACCGGAUCCCCAAUCCCUGACGGAUUCCCCUGACCCACCACCAGAUCCCCCAAUCCCUGACUGAUCCCACCGGAUCCCCAAAUCUUUGACUGAUCCCUCCCAUCCACCACUGGAUCCCCCAAUCCCUGACUGAUCCCUCUAAUCCCACCGGAUCCCCCAAUCCCUGACUGAUCCCCCUGACCCACCACUGGAUCCCCCAAUCCCUGACUGAUCCCCCGACCCACCACUGGAUCCCCCAAUCCCUGACUGAUCCCCCGACCCACCACUGGAUCCCCCAAUCCGACUGAUCCCUCUAACUCCCACCAGAUCCCCGAAUCCUUGACUGAUCCCCCUGACCCACCACCAGAUCCACGAAUCCCUGACUGAUCCCCCACCCCACCACCAGAUCCCCCCCAACCCCUGACUGAUCCCCCACCCCACCACCAGAUCCCCCCCAACCCCUGACUGAUCCCACCGGAUCCCCCAACCCCUGACUGAUCCCCCAACCCCUGACUGAUCCCCCUCAUCCCACCGGAUCCCCCAACCCCUGACUGAUCCCACCGGAUCCCCCAAUCCCUGACCGAUCCCCCUCACCCCACCGGAUCCCCCAAUCCCUGACCGAUCCCCCUGACCCACCACCGGAUCCCCCAAUCCCUGACCGAUCCCCCUGACCCACCACCGGAUCCCCCAAUCCCUGACUUAUCCCCCUGACUCACCACCGGAUCCCCCAAUCCCUGACUUAUCCCCCCUGAUCCACUACCCACCACCGGAUCCCCCAAUCCCUGAUUGAUCCCCCCUGACCCACCACCGGAUCCCCCAAUCCCUGACUGAUCCCCUUGACCCACCACCGGAUCCCCCACUCCCUGACUGAUCCCCCUGACCCACCGCCCACCCCCGCAUCCCCGACUCCCUGACUGAUCCCUCCGUCCCCACCAGCAGAUCCCUGACUGAUCCCUCCGGAUCCUGAAUCCCUGACCCAUUCCCCCCCCGUCCCUACCAACCCCUCCCCCACAGUACCUCUCCCCUCCCCACCCACCCACCCAGCCGUCUCAAACCUCAGGGACUGGGGUACCUAGCAGCAUCCUAACCCGUCCGCCCUCCCCCACCCUCCCUCCCUUCCUCUCCCGAUCGCUCCGAUAUCCCAGUGGGGAGUAUUAUCAAUGGAAUAAAGCACCACUGUGGCUUGUU